AUUUGUUGUCUAAAACUGUAGAGAAAGACUCAGUGACUCAGUUUGGCUGUCAAUGUAUACCAUUGUAUACAAUGUAUAGACAAAUAGUGUGUCAAUUGUAUGACUUUUCUUCAAUCAUAGAUGUAAGGCAUUGAUUGAAUCAUUAAAAAUCAUAAACAAAGUGUUGACACGAGUGGUGAUUGUCCGCAAUGGUGAUGGCGUGGACUCCAAGACACGACGGUUUACAACAAAUACUACAACUUCUUCGUGAAUCACAAUCACCUGACACUCAAACACAACGUACUGUUCAACAGAAAUUAGAAGAAUUAAACAAAUUUCCCGAUUUUAACAAUUAUCUCAUAUUUGUUUUGACAAAAUUGAAAACUGAAGAUGAACCGACGCGUUCACUAAGUGGUCUCAUAUUGAAGAACAAUGUGAGGGCACACUUACAUCAAUUUCCCGCAGAAGUGACUGAAUUUAUUAAAAGUGAAUGUUUAGAGAGUGUGGGCGAUCCGUCACCACUGAUUAGGGCAACAGUCGGUAUUCUGAUCACUACUAUAGCAUCGAAGGGAGAACUAGUGAAUUGGCCCAAUUUGUUACCCCGAUUGGUCCAAAUGCUUGACUCAAAUGAUUAUAGUUGUUGUGAGGGAGCGUUUGGUGCGCUCCAGAAGAUAUGUGAGGAUUCGUCGGAAGUGUUGGACAGCGAUGUUCUCGAUCGACCGCUUAAUAUACUAAUACCAAAGUUUUUACAAUUCUUUACGCAUAAUAGUAAUAAAAUCAGAUCACAUGCUAUCGCUUGUGUCAACCAAUUCAUUAUGAGUCGGACUCAAGCAUUGAUGUUACACAUCGACUCAUUCAUUGAGAAUUUAUUUCAUUUGGCCACCGAUGAAGAUCCAGAAGUUCGUCGAAAUGUUUGUCGAGCACUAGUCAUGCUUCUGGAAGUUAGGAUGGAUCGACUUAUUCCUCACAUUCACAAUAUUAUUGAGUAUAUGUUAAUGCGAACCCAAGACCAGGACGAGAAUGUGGCUCUUGAGGCGUGUGAAUUCUGGCUGUCACUCGCAGAACAACCCAUUUGUAAAGAAGUACUUUCAGGACAUUUGUCGCGAUUGAUUCCAAUACUAAUGAGACGAAUGAAAUAUUCAGAAAUUGACAUAAUUUUACUCAAAGGCGAUAUAGAAGAAGAUGAAAUGAUUCCCGAUAAAGAAGAGGACAUAAAGCCUCGUUUUCAUAGAUCUAGAACUCAUGCACAAAGACAUAUGGAAGAUAAUGAAGAGGAAAAUAGCGAAGACGAAUCAGAUGAUGAUAGCGAUGAUAAUUCAUUAUCCGAUUGGAAUCUUCGCAAGUGUUCUGCGGCUGCUCUUGACGUGUUGGCCAAUGUUUUCCACGAUGAACUCUUACCCGUAGUUUUGCCAAUUCUAAAGGAAACACUCUUCCAUCAGGAUUGGGUCGUCAAAGAGUCGGCAGUACUUGCUUUGGGAGCUAUUGCUGAGGGGUGUAUGACAGGAAUGAUUCCUCAUUUAUCAGAAUUGAUUCCAUAUUUAAUUAGUUCUCUCUCGGAAAAGAAAGCAUUAGUCCGAUCGAUCACAUGUUGGACGUUAAGCCGAUAUUCCCAUUGGGUUGUCCAACAACAACACGACCGCUUUCUUAAGCCUUUAAUGACAGAGUUAUUAAAGAGAGUAUUAGACGCCAAUAAACGAGUCCAAGAGGCGGCUUGCAGUGCAUUCGCUACUCUUGAAGAGGAGGCGUGUACUGAGUUAGUCCCGUACUUGGAAUUUAUUCUUCAAACACUAGUCUUUGCAUUUAGCAAAUAUCAGCACAAAAAUUUAUUAAUAUUAUACGAUGCUAUCGGUACUCUUGCCGACUCAGUUGGACAUCAUUUGAAUAAACAAGAAUAUAUUAAUCUCUUAAUGCCUCCAUUGAUUCAGAAGUGGAAUUUGCUCAAAGACGAUGAUAAAGAUUUAUUUCCACUUUUAGAGUGUCUCUCAUCUGUGGCCACAGCACUUCAAUCGGGUUUUCUUCCUUAUUGUGAACCUGUCUUUAGACGUUGUCUUUCUCUUGUCGAACAAACAUUAAAUUUAAAUUUGGCAAAUGCCAGUCAUCCGGAUCAAUUUGAACCACCAAAUAAAGACUUUAUGAUAGUUGCUUUAGAUUUGUUAAGUGGUUUGGCAGAAGGUCUUAAUGGACACAUAGAGUCUUUAGUUAUGUCAAGUAAUAUAAUGCAACUUUUGUACCAAUGUAUGCAGGAUCCGAUGCCUGAAGUACGCCAGAGUUCAUUUGCUCUAUUGGGUGAUCUGACAAAGGCUUGCUUUCAACACGUCAACCCUUUUAUUGGUGAAUUUUUGCCAAUAUUGGGUCAAAAUUUGAAGCCAGAAUAUAUCUCAGUGUGCAAUAAUGCUACCUGGGCUAUUGGAGAAAUUGCUGUCAAAUUGAACGCUGAUAUGAAACCUUACGUACCAAUGGUUUUAUCUCAAUUAAUUACAAUUAUAAAUCAACCGGGAACUCCUAAAACUUUACUUGAAAAUACAGCCAUAACAAUUGGUCGAUUGGGUUUGGUUUGUGCCGAAGAAGUGGCCCCAAUGUUACAACAGUUUAUACGACCCUGGUGUUCCUCAUUGCGUAAUAUUCGUGACAAUGAAGAAAAAGAUUCAGCAUUUAGAGGAAUAUGUGGAAUGAUUGGAGUGAAUCCGGGAGGUGUUGUCAAUGACUUUAUUUUCUUUUGUGAUGCCAUCGCCUCCUGGAAUAGUCCCAAACCAGACCUCAAGCAAAUGUUUCAUGAGAUACUUCAUGGCUUUAAAAAUCAAGUGGGAGACGACAGUUGGAACCGAUUUUCUGAACAAUUUCCCGUUGUUUUGAAGGAGAGACUCGCAGUUAAUUAUGGCGUCUAAAUAUAAUCACAAAACAAAUUAAUGAAUAAUUGAACGAAUGCCAGAACUUGUUUGGUAUUUAAAGUGUUAACCAAUUUACAGACUUUAGGCAGCAAUCAAUGAAACACUCAUUUAAAAAACAAUAUAUUGAUGAUUACCUAAUAUCUAAUAUUAGUAUUUAUUGUUAUUUUCAACACUGAUGUAUUUGACUUUUUAAUUACACGCUUCUAACUGUAAAUGACUAGUACUAGUCUAGAAAUGAAUUGUCCAUUAAUUAUCUUACGGUAAAAUAAUUUUAAUGAAUACAAUUAUAGGUAACAAAUUGCAUGAAAUUUUGAUUGACUUAAGUAACUAAAAAUUUAUUUAUUUAAAAAUAACGUAUUGUUCGAUAAUAUAAACCAUUUCUUCACUCAUUGCCUUUAUUUUUAAAGUAUAUAUAAAAUUAAAAGUAAUUUAGACAUAGAUUUUAAUGAAAUAGUGAUGAGAGUUGAAUUGGUGGUUAAUAUCGGAACAAAUGAAUGGUUGAGUCUAUAAAUUUGCCCCCUUUUAUGGCAUCAAAUCCUAAACUAAACGUUAAGUGCCUUUCCCUAUACAACAAUGAUCUCCCAAUGAAUACUUGAGUUGUUUCUGAUUUUAUUUUAUAUCAAUAUAUGCUUCAAAUGCAUUCAUAAUUUACAUUCAGUUAUUGCCAUAUAAUUUAUUGGUUUACUUUCCAUAUAAUUAUAGCUCAAUAGUAUAAUUAUUUACCUAAUUGUGACACAUUUUUUGCUCAUUUUUGCAUUUGUUUUAUUUGUUUGUUAUAUAACAUUGUUUUCAUUUUUUUUAAAGCUCUACUCCAUUCACAACUCAGGUUUAGCAAACUUUUAAUUAGUUUAUCGAUUAUUUUCAUAGGACUUAUUUGUUGUGAUUGACAACCAUUUAACGUAUAUUUUUGGUUUAUUACAAAUUGUACAUCAAUUGAACUAACUGUGCCAUUCAAUGUGAUCUUAGAUUGUAAUCCUUAAGUGGGGCCACACUUUGUAUAUAUUGUAUGACUGAAUGAUUGUUUAAUAAAUAUCUAAAUUAUAUUCACACAAA